AUAGAAACAGUUGUAGUUUGUCAUAACGGUGUAAAAACUUGUUCCUGUGACAAAGUGCCCUCUGCUGGGUGCAAUGAAGAAGUGCUUUUCUUGCCCAGAUUUACCCGUUACAUGUCAGUGAACACUGUCCAACCCUGCAGCUCUGAGGGGCCCAGUCUCAGCUGAAGGAGAGGAAGAAGCAUCAUGUCUGCAAAGAUUUGUGGAGUCUUUGUCUUGGCAGUGUUUGCUGGUGGACUGAGUGCAUUAAGACCAGCUGUAAACCAGGAACUAUCCAAUAUUUUCAAUGAGCUAUGGAGGUUGGACGUGAACCGCAUGAAGCCUGGGGUCGACUAAACAAUUUCUGUUCAGGGCAGAGCCAGUUUUGUAAGUCAGGGCAGCCAUGUUGCACAGGAUCACGCCUCACUGCCUCUGUUCUCCGGCGUUAAUGAGAGCAAGCUCAGGAACACGACCACCUUCUUGCGGUUCAUGAAACUCCUGGACAACUAUGAGCGCUCCACAGGCGUGGCCGAACGGGUCACAACGGAGGAACUGACAGAGAUCAGUCUCUUCCUGGAGGCUGUUUUGGAGACAGAGGUCAUGAAGCGGGCACAUAAAUACCUGGUGAGCAAAGGAAAGUCCAGCUCUGACCUGAGGUUGUUUAAGAGUCAGCUGAAUUUGGUCUGGUUCCACAUCUACCACAGACAGAGGAACACAGGCCUCGACUCGUGUGGAUUUGAGCAUGUCUUCGUUGGAGAGACAAAAUCUGGAACAGAAGUGGUUGGUUUUCACAACUGGAUUCAGUUCUACCUGCAGGAAAAAAACAGGCACUUGGACUAUAAAGGCUACAAGGCCAGAGAGAACGACUUACCUGAUCAGGACGACCAUGUGGUAAACCUGCAGUUCAGCUGGCAUGGUGCUUUGAAGCCUGUGGGCAGCACCUUCAUGGGGACCAGCCCCGAGUUUGAGAUGGCAGUUUUCACCAUCAUUUUUCUGAUGAACACAGAGAGGAGCACUACAGUGCUGGUCAACAUUGACCAGUGCCAGAUGGAGCUGGUGGUCGUCAGACAGGGGCGCUCCCUCGGCACAGCGUACCCCAAACUGCUGAGCAGCAAUGGCAGACAUGUCGGGCAGCAUUCACAGUGACGUGACUCGACUGUACGGACGUUUGACUUCAGUAAAACACAUCAGUACAUGUAUUGUUUUUAUUGUAUCAGGAAUCACUCAUUUAUGAAUAAACUUCUUUAGUAAAAGCAAAAUUUAAA